AUGGCUACUACGUUCAAGAACUUCGCACUCGUUGGCGGUGGAGGAGCUCUCGGUAAACCAGUGCUCGAAAGACUCCUCGCAGCCGGCGCCGCUAAAGUCGUCGUGUUCACGAGGCCAGAGUCUACGAGCACAUUCGCUCCGAACCCAAGCCUCUCUGUAGAGAAGGUGAACCUGGGUGACAUUGAUGCUCUCGCGGCCGCCCUGCAGAAGCACAGCAUCGAGGUGCUCGUCUCCGUAGUCGGCCAUGCGGCCCUCGAAGGGCAGCCCAUGCUGAUUGACGCAGCGAAGAAGUCCGGAGUGCAACUCUUCGUACCUUCUGAGUUUGGGUUCCCCACGGAAGGCAUCACCGAUGAAGGCUUCCUGGCUGUGAAAGCCCGUGUUGCUGAUUACGCAAAGUCGCAAGGUUUGCCAAGUUUGCGUAUUUACAAUGGGUUUUUCGCGGAUUAUGCCUUCUUCUUGGGCUCUGUCGAAGAGAAAGGGAAGUUUCUUAUGGUUGAGCCUGGCGACAAAGAGUUUACCCUGACCGCUGUGGCCGACAUCAGCGGAUUCGUCGCCCACGUUCUAAUCAACUUCCCACAAACCAAGCUGAAGGACGCCACCUUCCGCAUUGAAGGAGACCGUAUGACGCUUCGUGACCUCGCCUCUCUCUGCAACACCGUCAAGUCGAUCCCGGUCGAGAUAGUCGACGCAGUUCCUAAGGACGUUGCUUUGGCCGAAGGCAAGCAGUAUCUGAUUGCGCACUUCAACUCUAGGAAAGGUAUUGUGAGCUGGGAUAAUUCGCAGCAAAAGGAUCUGGGUACGAGUGCGAUUUCCAAUGGCCUUUGGGCUGGUCAUACUUGGAAAUCUGUGAAGGAUGUCCUCGAACAGUAAGUUCGAGGAUGAUAUUUGUCAGAUGUAUCACAGAGCCUAAAUUACUUCAUGAAAUCGAGUGUGACGUGUC